CAGUUGAAGCAGAGCUGGAGUCUGGAGCACAUCUGGCAGCUUUUUAAUCAUUAUUUUUGGACUAAAUGUACUAGAAACUAUUUUAAACACCGAAUUUACUGCUUUCUCUUUCACAAGGCUGACACUUUUUGUGGUAUAAGUCGCAGCUGUUCAUUAAUGAUCAGUUUAGCUUGUGGUUAGCCGCAGUUAGCUUCACUUCAGGAUGUCCUGCAGUCUGAUGGAUUUUUGUCGCGUUCAGGAGCUGAAACAAGUUCGUGAUUUUCUCUUCCACAGUCCACAGAAAAAUCCCUCGACAGAUGACAACAAGGAGCAGACAGAGACAGAGUUAACAUGGGAUGACUCAGAUUGGGGCUCCUGGGAUGCAGCAGAUACCAAAGAAGAUGGAACCACGGUCCAGACUGAUGAUAGUGUACAGCAGAACAGCGCCCCCUGGUUUCAGGACUGCAUGCUUGCGCUGUCACCUUGCUCAGACCUGCUGGUUAUUGCUCGAGACCAAAAAGCUGCUUUUCUUUCCGCCAAAUGGCAGACGGACUCCACGGGGAAGGAGGAGAUGAUGCUGGCUGCGACCUGGAAUGGCACACUGAGUGCUGAGGAAGGAGAGUGUGUGAGUAGCGUCAUCUGCAUCCCAUUGGCCAGCCAGAAGAGGAGUUCUACAGGUCGUCCUGACUGGACCUGUAUCGUGGUCGGGUUCAGUUCUGGUUAUGUUCGCUUCUAUACAGAGAACGGGGCUCUCCUCUUAGCUCAGCUGCUGAAUGAAGAUCCGGUUCUCAGACUGAAGUGUCGCACCUACGAGAUCCCACGCCAUCAAGGAGUCACCGAACAGCAUGAGGAGUUGAGUAUUCUGUACCCAGCAGCUCUGGUCACUAUCGAUGGCUUCAGCCUCUUUCAAUCUCUACGUGCCUGCAGGAAUCAGGUCGCUAGAGCUGCUGCAGCAGGAAGUGAUGUCAUACAGCCUCCACCUCUCACCUAUAAAAAGUGGGGGUUGCAGGACAUGGACACUAUUGUGGACCACAGCAGCGUCGGCAUCAUGACUCUGAACGUGUUUGAUCAGAUGAAGAACGCGUCAGUUCUCGGAGGGUUCCAUGCCUCAGUAAAGGGAAGUCUACCUGCCAUGAGUCAGUAUAUAACUGUAGGAGGCGGACCCUUCACUGGAUUCUUCUACGCUGUAGAGGGCAGCUCUCAGCCUCUCCUCUCCCACGUCGCUCUCGCUGUGGCCAGUAAACUCACCUCAGCCCUGUUUAGUGCUGCCAGUGGAUGGUUAGGAUGGAACAAGAACAAGGCUGAAGAAGAACCUGCUCAGAAACAGAAGCCUAAGGUUGAGCCAGCCACGCCCCUUCCUGUUCGGUUUGGUCUCCCUGAUUCUCGUCGCCAUGGCGAGUCUAUCUGUCUGUCACCAUGCAACACCAUGGCAGGAGUGACGGACGACUUCGGCAGAGUGACGCUGCUGGACGUGGGGCGAGGCAUCGCCAUCCGCAUGUGGAAGGGUUACCGUGACGCCCAGCUGGGAUGGGUACAGGUGUGUGAAGCGCGUGGAGACAGAGACAUGGCCACUUCACCCUCCAUGCCCCACCGCUGUGCUCAAUUCCUGGUGAUCUAUGCCCCACGCAGGGGCAUCCUGGAGGUGUGGGGCACUCAGCAUGGCCCCCGGAUCGGGGCUUUUACUGUGGGCAAACACUGCAGAUUGUUGUAUCCAGGUUACAGGUUAAUGGGAGUGAACAGUGUGACCAGUCAGAGUUGGCACCUACACACACAGCAGGUGUGUCUGUUUGACCCAGUCAAUGGACUGCUGCGUACCAUCACCGUACCAUUCCACCUGGCCCUCAGCGAUAAGAAGAGCGAGCGAGCCAAAGACAUGCAUCUGCUGAAAAGACUGACCGCUCUGCUCAAGAGCUCUGAUCCUGACCCAGAUCUUCUGGAGAGUGAAGCUCAGGGCGUCGUGUUGGAGAUCAAACACCCCGUGGUUAAAAAACAGGCACUGGAGUCUCUGCUGAGCAGUAAGAGCGCUCCAGUCUCGUGUAUGAUCAGCGUUACUCGAGCCCUGCUCCAGAGUUUACAGGGGCAAGACCCUGAGGCAGUGGAUGAAUCAUUGCUGCAGAUGUGUUCUUCUCAGCUCAAACUCCUGCAGCUGUACACCAAUGUUCAGCUCCUACACUCGCCUGAUACCUCGCCUUCUGAGCCUGAAUCUCUCUCAGUGCCUGGUAUUGAAGACGAUCUGGAUCGAACUGGACCAAUCCUGCAGCGGUACACUGAACUAAACUCACGCCCUUCUGUGUCAUUCGCUCACGACUCAGUCGGACCGCUGCCUGUCAAAACCUUUCUCUCACAGUUAGUGUGUGAGGACGGUGAGCUGAGACUCAUCAGAGGCCCUGACACUGACUGGACUCAGCUAGGGAGCUUCCUGUUUUGGGGAUGUCUUUCAGGACAGAGUCCACUGGAGCAAGUGUGUGAGACACUACAGCAGAGUGGCAUCAGCCCUCAACAGCUACUGUCUCUGCUGCUGACGGUUUGGCUGAACAGAGAGAAGGAGAUCCUAAAGAGAGCAGAUGCUAUUAGAAAUCUGUACACACUUCUUAACACACUCAGUUCUAUGAAAGGAGCUGUGGAUGAGUCCUGGGAUGUGCAGUGUGUCCCCUGGUGGCAGCAGGUGCGUAAUACUUGCAUUCAGUCGGAGAGUGCCGGCGCCGCCCUACUGGCUGCACUUAUUGCUCAUCGUGCUGCCAAGAGCUCUAUCGCAAACCUGGCAGAGACCAAGUUGCAGUCGGACUGGGAGUGUGUGUCUCUGGAGCUGGAGCAGUGGGUAGUGUGUGUGCGGCAGUUGGAGGAUGUGUUGGCGUUGCAGACGUUGCUGAGUUUGCCGUCUCCUCAGGGGUCACCUGGGGGUGCCGUCCAGCGCUGCUCAGUCAAAACCCUGCUGGAGAACGGAAGAGGUGGAGUAGCGGUUAACGUGGCAAAGCUGAUCUUCAGACAGGAUGUCACUCCUGGAACACUGAAAGACAUUGUGAAGCGGAGGAUAAGCGUACAGACCGAGGAACAUCAAGAAGAACAUUGUGAGGAACGUAGUUCAGAGCAGGAGACAGAGGAGAAGGAUGCCUUACACACACUGGAGGAGCUGCUGGUGUGUGUGUGCUGCCGUUUCCCCAUCUCUCUCUCUCCUGAUGUGUUGUGGGCUCACUGUUGUUGGGAGUAUGUGGUCCAGUGGAACAAAGACCCAGAGGUGGGCCGUUAUCUGGUGUGGAGUGUUAAGUAUCUGAAGAUGAUCUCCAGCCCUCACAUUCAAUUAGGAAUCUGCACUAUGAUGUGGAACACGUUUAUUGUGAAACGUUUCUCUGCAGCCGCCUUCCUAAUGGAAAAAGUGGGAAAAGCUCCAAAGGACAGACUCUGCAGACGGGAUGUAGGAAUGGGUGACGUAGCCAUGACCAGUUUCCUGGGCUCCUGUGUGCAUCUGCUGCAGAUUUUGAUGGAGGCGGACUCAGGGGUGGAGGAAGCAAUCGUCCCGGAGGUGUGUGUGGAGGAGGUGUGGGGCGGAGUCGAGGGUCCAGCAUCUAUAGUGGAGUUAGCGCUGCAGCAGAGAGCGGUGCAUUACCCACUGGUGCAGCAUCACUGCCUGCUAGCGACACUGCUGCACGCCGCCAUGAGCUUCUCACUGCGCCUUAAACCCCUCAGCCUCUUCGAUACCAAGGGGAAGAAUGCGUUUUUCAGGGAGCUGACCUCCAUCCAGCUGCUGCCCAGCGGUGACAUGGACCCCAGUCUGGUGGCUAUCAGACAGGAAUUUUUGCUGAGUAUGUUGACAGCAUGGGUGAAGGCCCUGGGUGAGGAAGAGCAGAAGAUAAAGGAAGAGAAGAAGGAUGGUGUGUCUGAUAACGCAGAAGUGAUGGAAGUGGCGUGGAUGGAGACGUGUCUGGAGCUGGCCUCACUGCUUCAGCUCAAAACUGAUAUCCUGCGCAGACACCUCGUCUGUGAGCUGUACAACCAGGGUCUGGACCUGCGUGCUGAGGAGGUCAUGAUGGAGGUGGAGGAUAAAGAUGUGUUGGCUUCUCAGCUCUUGGUUUUGACUGGUCAGCGUCUGGCCUACUCUUUGUUUCACGCUCAGACUCAGACGAAAGCCAGCAUGGAGCUCCUGGCCCGUCUCCCCCCCACCCUCUGUACCUGGCUCAAAGCUAUGGACCCGAGCGAACUCCGGUGUCUCUUUGUGCCUCUGCAGCAGAUCAGCCGCCUGGUGAGCCACGUGAUCGAGAUGCUGCCGGAGAAACAUGGGCAGUACAACAUGGCGUUGCAUCUGCUGGAGACGGUGGACACACUGCAGGAAGAGGAGUGAAAGAGAGAGAGAGAGAGAGAGAGAGAGAGAGAGAGAGAGAGAGAGGAGGGGGGUGCUGGAGAAUAUUUCCAUGUAAAUUCCAUUGUCACUUUAUAAGUGCACUAAUUAAGAUUCCACAUUACUCCAGACGUAUCCGGUCGGUCAGGACAUGGUCAGCAUUUUCAGUUGUGUACCCGCGCUAAUUAUGCUAAUUAACUCAUUAAUUAACCAUUCGAUUCUUUACUUAUUCAUUAAUUAUGUAAUUGCUUAAAAUGGCAGUUAAUUAACAGAUGCGUUUGUUUUGCUGAUUGUUUAAUUAAUGAAUUGACAGACUAAACAAUUAAUUAAUUAACUGACAUUCAUCAUUCAUUAAAUGAUUUUCCUCUAAUAGCACCACACAGAGCAUUUGGCACCAUAUAUAAAGGUAUUUAUUUAUUAAUAAAUUGAUUUCUAAUUUAAUUAACAAAGUAAUAAAUGUAUUAUAAUAUAUAUUAAUUUAUAUAUAUUUAUAUACAUAUAUACAUGUGUGUCAGUCAAAUACUGUGUUGUGCUCUUGUAGGAAAAUACAACCUGAUGAUGAUGAUGAUGAUGAUGAUGAUGAUGAUGAUGAUGAGUCUCGUACCACAGCAAUGUUUCCAGUGAUUUCCUAAUUAUAAACUUUGAUCGCCGUGCCGACACUGGAGACUCCGCCCCUAAACCGUUUAAACCCGUUUUUGUAACCCGGUCCUCGUAAACCCCGUGUAAAUAAACCGAGGGAUCCGCGGCAGAGCGAUGUUUACGAUUCGAUGUUACAGAAAAUAACCAGUGCGAGACGGAAUUGAAGUGUUUCGAGCCGUCGUUGCGUUUCUGUCGUAGCCGCAGUCGCAAAACCUGCGACCCAUGAACGCGUCCUGUCUGAUCGAGCGUGAAAGUCAGUGGAGGGAAAUGUGUGUGAACGACUAAUUAAAAGAGGUUUCUAUUUAACACUUUUAUGGAGGAAAUGAGGAAGGGUGUACAUGUGACAGAGGGGGAAUGUUAGAUGAUCAGUGUUAGCAGUUCUAUGCAUUUUAAUGAUGAAAAGCAUGUCCCCGGCUUUACACGCCACACGGGGUCAGGGGUCGUUAACGUCGCUCACUAUUCUCCUGCAGAAACAGUCACGUGUAUUAGUUCAUCCUUAGCUGUAAUAAAUCAGGUUUUACUCAAUCAGGUGCCGUUCGAUCUCUACAGUAACAUCUCUGCCCUUCGCUCUUCUUUUUCUUCCUGGAGUUUGUAUUGUAAAUGUAAUUUAUGUGUCUAUGACAGAUCUGGUAUUUUCCCGCCCCCAGAGACGGAGGUAUAUUAUGCAGAACAGCCGCUCUACGUUCAAACACUUCACUACGAACGAGCUGCUGUUUCUUAUCGUACAAACCCAAAUACACUAAAAGCGCUAUAUAAAAGAUUCAACACGGAAGUGUGUGCUGUGUUUUGCGUCGCCGUUGUUAAUAUAAAAGGAGGCAUCCUUCCUGUAGCCCUACUCACAGGGCGUUAGCUUCUUUGAGUGGAUAACGGGCUGUUUUAUGGAUGCAGAUUAAAAUAUAAUACAGCAUGGGCGUGGCUAACAGGAGAAUUAUUUUUCUUAAUUAUUGUUCUUUUAUUUUAUUUGUACACAAGGAAAAGCAGUAGAAAGCAGUUCUUCAUUUACAGGUGCACUCAUGUCACUUUCUCUCCCCACAAACACACAGAUUUACAUAUAAAUGUAAAUAAAAAUAAAACAUUGGAACAUA